CAAAUCGAACUAUCCCAAAUUUUGAAUAAAUGUAAAUUUAAUAACAAAUUAAAUAAACGUACUUAUAAUGAAACGCGCCUGGUAAUUGGAAACAAAAUCCGAAUUUGUGCAAUUGUAGAUGUAGAUUGUACCUUUUUUUUGUUUUUACAUCCAUUUUUUUUUAAACUGUUGUGUUACAUAAAAUCAAAGGGUUUUAAAGAAAUUGCAUUGGUCCAACAUUGAGGAACCAAUUAGAAGUCCUAAUAAUUGUCGCAUCAACAUUAAUUGGAGCUUCAAGACUUGGUAAAUUUUAGUUAACAGUUUUGAAAAUUCCACAAAGCUGAAAUUAUCUGUGAUUAUGUGCAAUAGAACGGCCCACUAGUUUCAAAGUAUCAAGACCAAUUGAAAAGUCUAAGCAACAGCUGUGUGAUUAUAGUAUAUUAGUUAAAGAAAACUAAGAAAUGGCCACGAAAAGAGGCCAAAAGGCGCUGCAAUUGGUGUUGCUACUGAUGCCACAUCUUUGUUGCCAAGCACUGGACAGCGUUGCCAAUCCCACAUGCAACCUAAAGGACAAUUGCAAUUUAGGCGACAAUUUGUUAAGUGUUGGUAACACUGUAAAUAGUGACAGCGCCAACACGGGCGGUGACAAACUGGAGAACAAAAUCACCUCCAUAUUCGAGGACAAAGUCAACUACAGUCUUAAACUGUUUGCGGAUAGUGUUACGGAAACGAUUAUUGAGUACAGCGCCCUGGGUACCGCCAACCUCAGUACCUCCCAGACAACAACGGAGAGCGAUUCGCUGGAAGACGACGAUCAAGAUGAUUUCGAGGACAACGAGCGUGCUUAUUUGUACAACAUAGGCCAACGCUUUCUGGCAAUAUCUCAACCGUUCGAUGCGUCACGAAAUCCCGAAGCCUCUGACCUGUGUCGAGCCCAAAUGCGCAUCUAUAUGGAUGCACUGAACAAUUUUGAUUUGUGGGCAUUAAAAAUGCACGAUGCUAGCGGCAAAUUGAACUCGGGCAUUCUGAAUGGCAACAUUAAUCAGCCGGGCGACUUUGAUCAGUGCUUGGGCAUUCAACAGCGGCUACGUAUAUCUUCUAGUAGCGUUCGGGACAACGAUGAGGAGAGGGAGGAGCAGCAGCAGCAGCAGCAGCAGCAUGAACUGACCAUGCGCGGCCAGUAUUGCUUGGCCUAUGCGCAACCUGUGCUGCCACACAAGUCCAAGCGAUUACAGGCCUUCUUCAAACUAAUGCAAUCGCAUGGUCCGUUCAAGAGUGAAUUCAACGAUCCUGGUCACCGUGUGCCGCGUUACUCCUUGGUCAACUGGGGCAUCUGCGUGCCCGCAGGAUGCACACACCGGGACGUUGAGUAUAGUGUCGCCGAGUAUUUACGCAAUCAGACGGCGGCAACUGGGAUCAGCUUUAAUGUGCGCGUCGAGCCGCAAAUGUGUCAGGUGCGCAAAAGUGAGCCCUGGGAUCGAAAUACAACUUGGGCAGUGCGCUUCUUUGUUCUGGUGCUCUCGAUGGCAUUAUUAUCGACCAUCUACGAUCGCUGCACGAAGACGCAGGCGCAGCAAAAUGAGUGGUGCACGGCCUUCUCCUUGGACAAGAAUCUCCGGUGGCUCUUCAGCACCCGUAGCUCCCCCAGCGACAUCGAGGCAGUGCACGGCAUUCGAUUUUUAAAUGCUAUGAUGCUGAUCUUCUCGCACAAGUCUAUGGCCAUGUUUUUCAACCCGUACAAUAACCGCACCGAAAUGUCCGAAAGCCUGGGCCGCCCCUGGACAGUGAUUGGGCGUGCAGCCUCCCUCUACACGGACCCCUUUCUGCUUUUUAGCGGUAUGCUGACAGCCUAUUCUCUUUUCGGUCGCCUUAUGAAAAGCCAACCCAUUCGGCUGAAAGACGAGUACAUCAGUAGGCUGAUGCGCAUUGUACCGCCGCUGGCGGCACUUAUCCUUUUCUGCACUUAUGUGUUGCCGUUGUGGGGUUCGGGCCCGCAGUGGAACCUGGUGGUGGGCCAUCAUGCAGACAUUUGCAAGCGUCACUGGUGGCGUAAUCUACUCUUCAUCCAUAAUUACUUUGGCUUCAGUGAGAUGUGCCUGACCCACACGCACCACUUGGGCAUUGACACAGAGUUGUUUGCUGUGGCGCCACUUUUUAUCCUUGGCCUGUGGCGCUGGCCUCGAAAAGGCCUGCUGACUUUGCUACUGCUAUGCACGAUUGGCACGGCAGCGCGUUAUUAUACGACGAUUGUCAACCAGCUGUCUAACUACAUCUAUUUCGGCACAAACAUUCAGCGUCUGUUCCGUACUGCCGAUUACAUGUACUCCUUUCCACCACAUCGCUCCACUGUCUACAUUAUGGGCAUCCUGUUGGGCUACGCCCUGCGUAAGUAUCAGGGCGUCAAGCUGAGCCGCAACCAGUUGCUUUUUGGCUGGCUAAUGGCUACGAUCUGUGUGCUUGCCUCUCUGCUAGGACCAGCUCCUAUGGGCGACAUCAACUAUGUGUAUAAUUCUACACAUGCGGCCAUAUACGCGGCCUUUGCACCCAUUGCAUGGUGUCUGUUCUUCUCAUGGAUCGUCUUCGUUUCCCACAAUGGAUAUAAAAACAAAUUUACGAGACUGUUUGCCUGGCGCGGCUUCCAAGUAUCCACAAAGCUCUCGUAUGCCAUUUACCUGACGCAGUUCCCCGUCUUCUUUUUCAAUGUGGGUCGACGACGCCACGUUCAUCACUACUACAACUUCGUUUCGAUAAUUCUGGAUACCAACGAAUUCAUAUCGAUCUUCCUGGCCUCCGUGGCGCUGACAGUGCUCUUCGAUGCGCCCUUCCAGAAUUUGAAGAAGCUGCUGAUGAAAGGUACAUCUAAAACUCGAGACAAAGCAUCAGCGGCACAGAGGACAACUGAGACAACCACGCCAAAUGGUACUGCCCAGCACGCGCACGCCGAUUAGUUUAACAUGUCGUAUAUUAUCUCGUAGCAUUUAGUGGCAAUUUAUUUAAUUUACUAGACUAACGCGAGUCCUGUCGCAUUCCUCCUGUCACAUGCCUUUAGAGUUGGAGCUUAACUCGUUUCCUUAAUAUAUACAUAUGUAUAUAUUAGGUAUACAUACAUAAAUAUAUGUGAAAUGAGUGCUUUUCACGAGUCAUAUAUAAUACCAAUUAUUGCUUUUUGCAUAUACAUACAUACGCAUUUGUAUGUUGCUUAUUGCUGCUCAUUAGGUCCGACUUCGAAGCGGACACUUGUGUUCCGUUACUUUAAGUCAGGUCGAAUGAGUUCUUUUGUUAUAUGUAUACGUACCUAUAAUUGCUUAGUACUUACGGCACUGUAUAUAAAAAUAAAAUGUUGAUUAAGCUAAU